UUCACACUAGGCAAAAUAAUUUUUCAGUAAGCAAAAAUAUGUAAUAAAUUGAAAUGACAUGAUUACUUUAGAGUUUGCUGAGAAGAGUUACAAAAUUUUAUAGAAAAAAAUGUAACCGUCUAUAAAUAGUAGUAGUAGAGAGUUAGAACACAGCACCACUACACCUCCAUAUUUUCUCUGUAUACAAACAUUUUUAGCUUCCAUUUUCCACAAAAACACCAUGGACAACAACAACAACACUCACCAAUCUCCAGCUGAAGCUUGGGCCGCUGCUGCAGCUGCGGCUGCAGCAGCUCAGUCAGCCGCAUAUCCACCGCAGAGACCCCACGACCGUGUCCUUCAACAACAGCUGCAAAUGUUCUGGAAUUACCAACGUCAAGAAAUCGAACAAGCUACCGAUUUCAAAAACCACCAGCUUCCCCUCGCUCGUAUUAAAAAGAUAAUGAAAGCUGAUGAAGAUGUUCGUAUGAUUUCAGCUGAAACUCCGGUUCUUUUUGCUAAAGCCUGUGAGAUUUUUAUUCAAGAACUCACUCUUCGUUCAUGGCUUCACGCUGAGGAGAAUAAGCGUAGAACGUUGCAGCAGAAUGAUAUCGCUGCCGCGAUCAGUCGUACUGAUACUUUUGAUUUCCUUGUUGACAUUAUCCCGAGGGACGAAGUUAAGGAUGAGGGAGUUGGGCUUGGGCUAGCGCCGGGUGGUGUGCCGUAUUAUUACCCUCCGUUGGGCCAGCCGGCUCCGGGUGGGGUAAUACUUGGUAGGCCUGCUGUUCCUGCUGGUGCUGUUCCUGGUGUUGUCCCUGGUGCUGUUCCUGAUGUUGUCCCUGGUUCUGUUCCAGGUGCUGAUCCGUCAAUGUAUGUGCCUCAUCUGCCGUUCCAGGUAUGGCAAUCUAUGUGGCAGACAUCAGAGGAUCAUUCGUAUCCUAGUGGAGGUGGAAGUAGCAGUGGACAGGCUACCGAUGACGGCCAAAUUUAAGAGAUCUUGUUCGCUGCUGGUUUGGAGGCUUUUACAGCAGAAGUGAAACUAGAAGUUAUGGAAGGGAAUGUAAUUUCUUUUUCAAUUGUAAUUCCACCUUGUUGCUACUAUCUAUGUACUGAUUUAACGACUUGAAUCUGUGUCUAAAUAAAACUCGAGUCUUUUGUGUAAUCCUGGAUUUCACUUGAUAAAAU